GGGCUUGCUUCCAUGGGCAAUCUCCCAUCCUGUAGCCACCAAUAUAAGGGCCACCACCACCUAGAAGAAUCCCAGGAGACCGUGCAGAAGAACAAGUGUUCGUGAGCAUCCUCCUCCAAACCUGUGUCAGGACAAGAUGUUUCAGCUUUGGAAAUUUGUUCUUUUGUGCGGCCUGCUCACGGGGACCUCGGGGUCUGUUCUAGAGGAUCUUGGCAACAAACUGGAUGAUAUUGUGAGCCAUGUGAGACCUUCUCUCGAUAAAGGACUUGAGACCAUUGACAAAACACUGGACGCUGCCCUUGGGAAACUAAAGGUCGAGUUGUCCGAGCUUCAGGAAUCCAAGCUUUGGCAACUGGCCAAGCAGAAGUUCCAGGAAGUUGAAAAAACAGUGAACGAUGCCAUUUCUAAUAUCAUUUCAUCUAAGUACAAGUCUUUGGGAUUGAAAAUCAGCAAUGCCCACAUUGUGGAUGUCAAAGCCGAAUUGACUCCAGACGGCAACGGCCUUACCCUGAGGCUCCCCAUCACCGCUGAUGUCACCUUGGUCUUGCCUCUCAUUCGCCAGACAGUCAACCUGAAGGCUACCUUGGACCUCUUGACUGGUAUCACAAUUGAAACCAAUGCCGAGACUGGCGUCUCUAAAGUGGUCCUGGGAGAAUGCAGCAGUGACUCAGACAGCAUUUCGAUCACCUUGCAGGGCAGCCACAGUGAUGUGACCACAAAGGUCGCGGACUCGAUGGCCAGCUUCCUGAGCAAGACCGUGUCCUUCCUGGUACAGAAGCAGAUGUGCCCAUUGGUCCGCAUCUUCGCCUCCACCCUGGAUGUGGAUUUUGUUCAGAACAUUAUCGAUAAACUUCAGCAGGGACAAACCCCACAAAUCUUUGCCUGAAGAGGGCAGAUGAAGAGGACCACUGUGAUGCCCUUAGCUGAUGAAUUCCCAGUGGCUUGACCGUGUUCUCCUGUAGCAUCUCCCUCUGGGAAGAGGCUGCUACCAUUCCACUGGAAUGAAAGCCUGAGCCCAGCCUGAAGGGCCCCUCUCAGCUACUCCUUCUCCUCAGUCAAGACAGUGGUUUCUAUGUUCAUCACCCUCCGCCCCCAGCAAUAAAGGCCAAUUCUGUAUC